AUGCCUGGGAUUUCGUUUUACCUUGAUUCCCUUUGGUGUGACCGUUAUUGGCUCUUCUCAGGGGAGGUAGGGGGUUUGGCUUGGCUAGUUGGCUUAAGGAUGAUAUUGGAUGUUGGUUGUGAUGUGGACAGGAAGGAGGCGGUGAAAAUGAGUUCAGACAGCCGCAGCAGGAGCAGGAGCAGGAGCCCAAUGGACCGUAAGAUCCGAUCUGAUCGAUUUUCCUAUCGUGAUGCACCUUACAGGAGAGAUUCACGUCGGGGUUUCAGCCGAGACAAUCUCUGCAAGAACUGCAAGAGGCCUGGUCAUUAUGCAAGAGAAUGCCCUAAUGUUGCAAUUUGCCACAACUGUGGCCUCCCUGGGCACAUUGCUUCUGAAUGUACCACGAAGUCACUGUGCUGGAACUGUAAAGAACCUGGCCACAUGGCCAGUAAUUGUCCAAAUGAGGGCAUUUGCCACACCUGUGGUAAAGCUGGACACCGUGCCAGGGAAUGCACUGCUCCUCCAAUGCCUCCUGGAGACUUAAGGUUGUGCAACAACUGUUAUAAGCAGGGCCACAUUGCAGCUGAAUGUACGAAUGAGAAGGCAUGCAACAACUGUAGGAAGACAGGCCACUUGGCACGGGAUUGUCCUAAUGAUCCUAUUUGUAACUUGUGCAAUGUUUCUGGGCAUGUGGCUAGACAGUGUCCAAAAGCCAAUGUUCUUGGAGAUCGGAGUGGUGGUGGGGGUGGUGGAGGCACUCGUGGUGGUGGGGGUGGGGGUUACCGGGAUGUUAUUUGCAGGAACUGCCAGCAAUUAGGUCACAUGAGUAGGGAUUGCAUGGGCCCCUUGAUGAUUUGCCACAAUUGUGGAGGUCGUGGUCACCUAGCAUACGAGUGCCCUUCAGGUCGGUUUAUGGAUCGCUACCCCAGGAGGUAUUGA